UCCUUGUAUGUUUUGGGAUAAUGCUUUACGCUGUGUUAACGUUUUUAAAAUGAUCUCACAGUAAAAGAAGUGUGUUGUUUUUUCAACAUUAUAACUGUUUAUUUAAAGUCUGGAUUAUGUUAGCUAAUUAUAAGGAAUGACACUCCAAAUGCUUUCUUCCGAGUUAUAAUACUGAUGAGGAAAUAAUAGUAGUUAUGGCAAAUGUAUGUGGCGCCGUGGAAGAAUAAGGAGAAUUCCUAAGUGUAAUGGCUUCUCUUUAUGCUCAGACAAAUAAGACAGCGAGGAAGGCAACAAGAUACAAGAACUGUGCUAGUCAAGCAGCUGCUGUCCAGAAGAAUGCGGGGACUGAAGGAUGUCACGUGUCGAGUGUAAACAGUGGGGAGGCUUCCGCAGUGGCAACAGGUAUAAUGGCGCUUGGAUUGAAUUUGAAAGCAGAUAAACACACUGGGCAAGCAGAAAUUGGAAGGGCCAUUCCUUCUAGAGUGGGAUUAAAACAGAAGAGGAACCUUAAAAUUGAAUAUGAAUGCCGUAGUGCAGAACAUUCUGAGAAAUCUGACCCUAAAGUACCAAAAUGGGAGCCCAGAAACUGGAAAGAGCAUCUGAAUAAUAUCAGAGAGAUGAGAAAAAACAAAGAUGCUCCUGUGGACCACAUGGGAGCAGAAAAGUGCUUUGACAAGGAUGCAGAUCCUCCAGUAAUGCGAUAUCAGGUUUUGGUAUCACUGAUGCUGUCAAGCCAAACCAAAGAUCAGGUUACUUCAGCAGCCAUGAUGAAGCUUAGGAGCCAUGGACUGACAGUGGACAGCAUUUUAAAGACUGAUGAUAAAUUGCUGGGAGAACUGAUAUAUCCAGUAGGAUUUUGGAAGACCAAAGUUAAGUACAUCAGGCAAACAACUGAAAUCCUGAAAUGGCAGUACAAUGGAGAUAUUCCUAAUAAUGUAGCAGAGCUGGUGAAAUUGCCAGGAGUUGGCGCAAAGAUGGCCCACUUGGCAAUGGAUAUUGCUUGGAACAACAUAACAGGAAUUGAUGUAUGUAAAAUUUGGAGCCAGUGUGUUGUAAAUAAUGAGUAAAAAGGGCAUGUAACAACAAGUUCAGUGAUUCACCAUGUUGGGACGUACGCCAUGAUUAUAUAGGGAUUCCCAGGACCAGUCAUCUUGAGAACACGUUGGGACAUGUUGGAGUUGCCUACUAUUUUGAGUACAGAUGGUAUAAAAGCAAGACUCCACAUGGUGCAGUUUUAUUAACUGACAGCGUCAUCAAAAGAAGGAUCUUUGCUGGAGACUAGACUAUCGGUCUAGGAUGGCAGAGUGGAAACCCAGUUAUAAGAGACUCAGUCGUAUUUGUUUGCAUAUUGUAAACGUCUUUACAGUAGUAGCAUGUUAAACAGUGGGUUGUAAGUUUUAAUGAAUGGACUUUGAACAUAAGACACAGUUUCAUGUGGAAAUUAUUAUUCUAACAAUGGAUGGCAAGCCAGCCAGCUUUGAUGCAGUUUUCUCUACUUAUAUCGUAAGAGCUGACCGGAUGUUCAGUUUUAACUGCUACUACUCCAGUGCAGCAUUGAUGUCAACUACAGUAAAUUGCCAGACAACAUCAGUAUCGAGGUACAGCGAUAUCAUCUGUGGAAAAGACUUCAGUCUGACAGAUACUUCUGAACAACCAUGACAAUAGAAUUGUUUUAGCAACACUGCGACAGUUGCAGAGCCUGAUUAGCUUUGCAAACUUUUUGCAGCGACGGUAAGACAAUAGGAUGUCAGAGUGGAAACCCAGUUAUAAGAGACUCAGUCAUAUUUGUUUGCAUAUUUUAAGUCUUUACAGUAGUA